UUUUAUCGUCGUGCACGAUUCCCAAAGAUUCUCCCUUUAAUCAUCUUCAUGGCGGAGACGGCUUUCCGUUUACAACGUAGGAUUAUUCGAUCUUUUCACAUCACUCGUGGAUACAUCCUCCUAUUUGCUUUUUUUUUUUUUCUAUUGCUUCCGCACACAUGCCAUGCUUGGCUAUCCAUGUGAUAUGGAGAUGGGUUUCAGAUCUUGACAGCUUUCUUCUGCUCCUUCUCUCCGCCGGUCUUAUGAUCUGUCUCCUCUGUUCUCCAACUGUAAGCUUCAUUCCAAAGACCAUGUGGUUUUUAUGCGCUUCUCUGCAGCUUUGAUUUUUUUUAAUUUUUGUUUUGAUCAUUGGUCGGAUCAUGAGAUAAGUGGACCGAUCUGCGUAGGAAAGGAGGUCCAGUGACUGCGAGAAAUAGGAAACUCUUCUCUGUUGUCUCGUUUUCUGUAGGGUCUCAGGCUUCUCUUGUUGUAGGGAAGAUGAAGGAUAAUUGGAGCAGAGGAGGAAAUGGAACCAUCUGGCAUUUCCGGCUCUGCCUUUGAUGAUACUUGACGCAUGGGCUUUACUUGGAACUGCUAAUCGGAGAAAAUGAGAUCUGUGGCCAUGGAUAAGAAAGCUUGCUACAAGCAUUCAUCUUCAGUAGAAAAUUAUGCUUCAGAAAGUUUUGAACUCCACAAAGGGAACAGCAACGGUAUGGGAUCUCAUCACAGCAAGGCUUUAGGUUCUCGCAGUAAGCAAACUCCAUCAAAGUGGGAUGAUGCCCAAAAAUGGUUGAUUGGUUUCUCCAGUGGAGGAAAUGAUGGCCACUCUAACAGCAAGCCUCGGAAUUCGAAUGCAGAAGACAGGAGACUUCUGCAUUGUGCAUCGCAGAGGGGCAGGGAUUCUUGUAGCAGUGCUGAUGUGGGCUUGGAAGAAGAUCUAGCUCUGCGAAAUAUCAUUCAAGAAGAGGGGGAGACUAAGAAGAUAGAUUGCAGUGAUUUAGUUUGGAGGGUCAAUAAACCUAUGGAGGAUUCAAAAUUAGAAGUCAAAGCAGUUUCUUUGAGAGAUUUCGGCACAGAGAUGACUCCCAUUGCAAGCCAAGAUCAUUCCAGGACUGCUACUCCAAUCCGAGCAACAACGCCAGUUUUGACAAGUCCCAUAUCUUCCAGAUCUUCAACCCCAGGAAGGUGUCGUCAAGGGGGAAAUUCCUUUGAAUGUUUCCACACAGGGGUAAAGAAUUUACAGAGGGACAAUGAAGCAGUGCUUUUUGGCACAGCUAGUGGGAAUGGGUGGGCUGUAAACAGGGAAGGUACUGCAGAUGGUCGGAAGGUGGUGGGUGAUAAUGAUUUCGAGCAGAUGAAGAACUCUAAUUCUCUGGAGUCUAGAGCAAUGGCUUGGAAUGAAGCAGAACGAACAAAAUACAUGGCAAGGUUCAAGCGUGAAGAGGUGAAGAUACAAGCUUGGGAAAAUCAUGAAAAGAGAAAAGCUGAAAUGGAGAUGAAGAAGAUAGAGGUGAAAGCUGAGCGACUUAAAUCUCGAGCUCAGGAGAAACUGGCUAACAAGUUAGCAGCAACAAGAAGGAUAGCAGAAGAGAAACGCUCAAAUGCAGAAUCCAAACUAAAUGAGAGUGCUGCAAGAACAGCCGAUAAAGCAGAUUAUAUUCGAAGAACAGGCCAUUUGCCAUCCUCCUUUUUUUUCAAGCUUCCUUCACUGUGUGGAUAAUAUCCUCUUCCUUUGAGGACUGUGUUGCCAGUUCUUCUGCCUAAAUGCAUGCAUAUUAUGUUUCAGAAAGUGUCUGUGUAUUCAUUCCACAUUCGAAUCUGUUCGACCGUUGAGUUUUGCGUUAUCAUUCAAUAAGUGCUGAAA